AUGCACUCUCUGGAUCCACCAUAUGCUCACAACGAUGUCAAACCUGGAAACGUGCUUUUAACACGUAGAAAAGGACAGCCUCCUCUUGCGAUUUUGAUGGACUUUGGGAGUGCUCGUCCUUCGCGCAAGCAAAUCCGCUCCCGUCAAGAGGCCUUACAGUUACAGUCUUCAUGUUCUCUUGAUUUUAAUAGGAAUGGACAUCUGAACAUUGUUCAGCACCGUUUCGAGCUCCUGAGCUCUGGGAUUGCCCAAGCCAUGCAGAUAUCGAUGAGAGAACAGAUAUCUGGUCACUAUGCACGUUGUUUAUGUGUUAUUUUUGCUCUUAUGUUAUGGUGUUGUAUCCCAUUGCUCUGCUUUGUUAUGGAAGCAGCAGAUGUUUUAGCCGGUUUGGCCUUGUUAUUGCUUGAUGUAAACAAUUUCUGA